AUUGUUACGACACCAGAUUACUUUUUUAACAGUUUUUUCUACUUGGUUUUAUUAAGUAUUUCCAGAACUCAUCAAGUAAUACUGCAGUAUGGUGAUCAAUAGAUGGAAUAAAUGUUUGUAAAUUAUUAAACAAACGUUUAGUACUUUGAUACUCGACAGAUGUUGAAAUAAAAAUUUAUUUUACUGGGUGUCAUAUCACUUAUGCAGCGAUAAAUUGAGCGUGGAAUGCGAACAGCGCAGUGAUGUAACCAAACCUGUGACAUCGGCGUGAGCCGAGGGGCGUGCGCUAAAUGUAUGUUGAUCUUGAGUUGGCGAUGUGUUAGUAAUUAAGCCGGUUAAAAUAAAGUCUCUGAUUUAGUAGAAAUGUGUUGAAGUUUUGAAUAGGAAUUGCGUGGAUGAAACAUUAGUGAGACUAUGUUUACAGUGUCAAUGGUGAACUUCCUGUGUGUCGGAAAUGAUUUUAACCGGAGUGGGAAACUGGAGAGUGUAGUGAAUAUUGUGCUAAUGUUAACGUAGCAUUUAAACGGCAAGUGAUUUACGUAAUUACAGUACAUCCUAUCUUGCGAUUCUUUGGAGAAACGCUACACAUGAUGUGAAAAAAAAUUAGCUAACCGUUUUGUACAAGACAAAAACUGCGUUAUUCCUUUCGGUACACGGAUAAACGUCUGCACAGGGAGAAGUGCCUGACUGGAAACUUCCCACGUACGUGAUCAUAUGAUUUACGAUGGAGGAAGUGGAUAAAAUAAUUAUUCACUCACUGCGGCAGGUUGGAUGUGACCUUGAAGAAGCUGACAGUCUGAAGCAGUUCUCAACAGAAAUGGUAAUUGAGGCUGCUGUGCGCUGCCUGGAUGUCAUUCAGCCAGGAUUGGGCCUCCCUCAUUCUCUGCCACCAAAUAUGUCAGCAAGGUUUCGAGUUGGUGCAAGCAUAGCUCAAGCUUGUAUGGAUCUUGGUUACCCAGGUGAGAUAGGAUAUCAAACCUUCCUUUACUCAAGCGAAGCAGAUGUUCGCCGUGUAUUUAUGUUCCUGAUUGAGAAGUUGCCUAAGGAAACGGAGAAGACAAUAGUUGAUCCAACUGGUGGUGCAGAACUCUUGGAACAGCAGGUAGCUGAGGAGGUAAGAAGACAGUUAUGUGCUCCAUGGCUUCCAAGCUACUGUCGACAGGAAGGGCUUCGUUGGCGAAAUGAUGGUUCCUGGAGUCGUGAAGGGUGUAGGCAUUGCAAACCCUUCUUAUCAAAUGGCUUUCUUCAUAUUCCUGAUGCUAAUAACCAGUCAGAAGCAUACCAAGAAUACAUAGCUCUUCAUUUGCCAUCAUUUCCGGAGCAAGUUAAUCCUGAUGGACAGAUUUUGCCUGCUUUAAUUACUACUAACGCAUUCUUACUGCACUGUCAGUGUGAUGUGUUACCAUCAGCGAGAAGCCUCAAGAAAUGGCCUCAGCAAUUUUCUGAUUGCUUGCUUGAUAGUGCAAGACAAAAUUCUCAUGCACCUGGUGUGGAGUCGGUACCACGAGCCCGAGCAGGACCCAAACCACCAGUGAAGCAAAAGCCAGCAUUCUUACAGAAAACAUCACAGAAAGAGGCUAAAAAUGAGGUAAUUCCAGCAGAAAUAAUUGCAGCUGAAAGAACAGUACCAAUUCCAGAACCAAGAAAAACACAACAGCAACUGAUUGAGGAAGGUCGUAAAGAAACUGAAGAGCUCUGUCGUCAUAUAGAAGAAUUAGAACUAGAUAUUCAAAGUUUGAAUGCUAAACUUGCCCAGAUUUCAGGAGAAACUGUGGCAGAAGACCGAACACUUCAGGAACAGAAAGAUCGUUUGGCUGUCAAACAACGGACUUACGAGCUACUGCCUGAAGCAGAUGAAAAUCUUGCAAAACUUCAAUCUCUGGUUGAAAACAGUGCUCAGAGGCUUGUAGGACUAGCAGCUCAGUGGGAGAAGCAUCGUGCACCACUUCUUGCCAGAUAUCGUGAACUCAGGCACAGAAACUCCAGCCGUGCAUCAGAAAGCCAGAAACAAGCAGAUGCCAUUCGAAUACUGCGAGAAAAGAUGCGUGAACUUACCGACGAGGUUCACAGUAAAGAAGAACUUCAUACACAGUUACUUGCAGACUACGAGAAGGUGUCAAAGGAUACAAACACGGUAUCCAGAACAGCAUACACCAGGCGUAUCAUGGAAAUCAUUGGAAACAUUCGAAAGCAACGUGAUGAAAUUGCCAAGGUCCUAGCAGAUACACGAGAGCUUCAGAAGGAGAUAAACACUCUCUCAGGACAACUUGAAAGAUCAUUCACUGUUGCUGAUGAACUUAUAUUUAGGGAUGCCAAAAAGGAUGAAGUUUCACGGCGUGCCUACAAGUUAUUGGCAACACUCCACUCAGAUUGUUCAGAACUAGUUCAGAUGGUAGAAGAAACUGGCGCUAUAAUACGAGAAAUCAGAGAUCUUGAAGAACAGAUAGAAACUGAAACUGCAAAGAAUGUUGGAUCCAAUUUGGAGAGAGUUUCUGCUGACUUGCGACAGAUGCAGCAAGAAAAUGCUGCACUUACAGCACAACUGAAAUCUAAAGCUCAAACAAAUCAAGUUUGAAGUUGGUGCAACAAUUCAUAUUUCGUGCAUGUUAAUAGCUCAUGGUUAAGCUAGAUGUAGAAUAAAAUUUAUGAUAAUAUUGAUGCAAUAUGGUUUAUUAAAAACUGCAGACUUUUUCCCCCAGUGCAAGUGUCUGCUCUAUAGGCCAAUUUGGUGACUGUCGAAUUUCAGUAGAAUCACAUAUAAUUAUUUGUUAAACAGAACUUUGUUUUAGACUGAAACAUAUUAGCAACAUAUGUCGUCACCUCAUUGAGGUAUUGUGAUAUAUUACAUCGUGAUUGGGAAAUGAUGAAACAUGUAAAUAUAUAAUUACAAUAGUUACAUACAGAAUACUUGUAGAAAAAGUGCCUUAUGGGAAAUGCUGCUGUUUUCUUAUUUGCAGAAAUUGUUCUCUUGCAAACAGCACUUACAAUUUUAAACGAAUAUAGGCAGUAGAAAAUCAGUUUUUGUUACUGACUGUGCAACAGCUUUGUUGAAGUGUAAUAUUGUAAAUUACCACAUGAUAACAUUCACUUUCACAUCACAUUGCUUGUAUGGUGCUUCUGUAAUAUAACUCCAUUUUGUAAUCAAGAUUAAAUAAUAUGCUUUCUGGCAGCUUUAUUAGAUUACUUUGUGAGAAGUGUGAUUAUGGAUUAGUGUGUGGAAAAUUAUUGUGUAGGAAAGGGUAUGGUGUUCAGCAGAAGAAUAAGCCAGUACAUGUGGUAGGUACAAGGCCUAAACAACCAGAAAAGGAAGAUGAAAAGGUAGAUGUGUGUAUCUGAUCAGCCCAAGAGAAGGAGAUGCAAAUUUUAUAUAGUGAUCCUCAGGAUUAGUGACUACAAAUUUACCACAGUACCAGAUGCCAUAGAAAUUUCAAAGUUGUUUCCCAGCCUUUUACACUGCAUUCUCAUAUUUUUGCUACACAGCAGUCACAGUUUCUAGCACUGAAAGUGAAAGAAAGGCUAUUCUUAUAUGGAAACAUUUGGACAUUUACAAAAUGUUCUUAUGUGUAUUUAUAUCACGCUGUGGGAGGUGUUUCUGUCACAGAACAUAAUUAGGUAGGUGAAUCAUGUUAACAAGCAGCUAAGAUAAUGGAGAACUCAGCAUUUAAGUACUUUUGUUUCCAAAUAUUAUUAACUGGAAUUAUUUUCAACUGCGCAAAUUGUGUAAAAGAUUAAUAUAAAUAUCACUGUGUAUGAUUUACCAUAAGAAAAAUGUUUUGUUGGUGUAAAUAUUAGCUAAUCUAUUUUUUAUUGGUUGGACUGAUGAAAUAAUGUAAUUUGAGUGUUUUUUGAAGUAUUCUACAAAGUAAUGUAAGAGUAAUGAAGGGAGACUAUGAUAGAUAAUUCAGUACGUAUCUAAAGAAUUGUUGAUGAGUUUUGAGUUUUCCGCAGCUAAUGCACUAUGUGCUACCAACUAAAACUUUGGGCAUGGAAUGCUUAGAUUGAGAAUUUGUGUUUUUAAAGGCAUUAAUGACAGAAUUAAGUAACUUUUAUUUGCUCAGGCAAUACUGAUUUUGCAGUUUCAUAUUACAGACUCACAAAUUUCUUGUUCUCUAGGCAACUGAGAACUGAAAUUUUCCUACCAAGGCAUCAGCCAGUACUGGCAUUGCUACUACCAGCUGAAUCAGUGAUCAUGUUAAUCAAUUGCUGCUUGCAUGUUUUAUGAUCUUGAUUCUGUUGUUGCUGAACAUUUUCUUGCCAGUGGGGGGAGCUGGGAGCUUUACUAACUAAGCCAAUAAAGGGGGAAAAACCUUGUGACUCACUUGAACAAUUGUUGUGAUGGGGUAAAUUAUGAUUUGAUGUUUAUAUUCAUGUUUUGAUCAUUUGUUUAGAUAACUACUUUGUUAUUUAGUAUGAUUUGAAUUGUCUGUAUUCAAAAAGCUAUGAUGCUAAUUUAUUCAUACAAAUAGUGGAAUUUACUGUUCCAAACAUUGCAGUGGGGUUGGGAGUCAGCUGUAAACAGCAUGUAAAUUAUUCAAUAUUACACAAGCUGUCAGUGACAUUUUAAUGUGAGAGUUUCUGAAAUGUGAAGCUAUGAAAAACAAAUGAAUUGAAACUUUAUGAUGUAAUUAUAUUUUCAGUUACUUGAAUUUUACAGCAGACUGGGCUCUUCCAGUUAGGUGUUUUUGGAAGAGAAUGGCCCACUAAAGUUAGUGUUUGUGAUUGAGUUCACUUUUAAGUAGUCACUAACACAGAAAAUCAGAAUGGCUAUUUUCAGUUUUAGUUAAUGUGGUGGUGCAAGUAAGGAAAAAGUGAAAAAAGAUGUGUAAGAGCAAAUUUGCACCUAAAUGCCUCAAUUAUGACAGCAGUUAAUCAUUUAAUUCCCCAUUUGUGUGGUCAUAGCUUAUGUAUAAAUACUUUCUUCAUUCUGGCAUAUAACAAUUAAUCAACCAGUAAUAUUGUUCAUGAAGUAUUUGUGACAACAGUCGAUUUAUUCUGUGGUAUGAAAGUGAAUGAGAGAAGUUACAGAUGAAAAUGCUAAGUAAUGUUGUGUGAUAUGCACCAUUAAUUGAAGUGUGUGUUUCUUAGAGCAAAUUUUGUUAUGGUUGAGUUGUAAAUGAUACAUUCCUAUGUAAAUCAUCUCUCUUCAUUGAUGGUAAUUAUGUUGUAUGCUGCUAUUUUGCUAUAAAUUUGUUAACAUGUUGCAAUAUACAUAUCACAUGUAAUAUUUAUAUACAGAAACAUUGAGACGUCUGUAAUUUGUUCUGGUGUGUUCUAAUAAGGAUGAUAUUUACAUGCAUGAAGAAGGGGAAACAAUGUUCUCAUAAGUGAACAUGUAUGA